UAUCCUUGCCACACACUCUCAUCAGUGAUCACCUACAACAACAAUACACAAUUUUCGUAGAAGUAAAGAAAUUUAGUCGAUGGAGAGCAAGAUGGUGAUUGUUUUUGGCUUUGUAGUUGCAGUAUUUUUGCAGAGUGCGGCAGCGCAGACAGGACAUGUGGUGGGAGACAGCAUAGGUUGGACCAUCCCUCAAUCUAGUGCACAAGAGUAUGUCACUUGGGCUGCAAGUAACAAGUUCGUAGUUGGUGAUACUCUGGUUUUCAACUUCGCCACCAACGCACACGAUGUACAAGAAGUACCCAAAGCAUCUUUCGACUCAUGCAGUUCCGAAAACCCAAUUGGCACAGCCAUCACAACUGGCCCAGCAAACAUCACAUUCACCUCCGCAGGCGACCACUACUACAUCUGCACUUAUGGCCGCCAUUGCCAGUCGGGACAGAAACUAGCCAUCACCGUCUCAGCUGCCUCCCCAGGUGCCGCACCUUCUGUGCCGCCACCGCCCUCUACAACUAACACCCCUCCAACUACCCCUUCCCCCACAUCAAACGACCCUGCUGCUUGUGAACCUGUCCCGGCUCCAUCGCCUUCCAUGAGUGGAGUACCCACCGUGAACACCACCCCUGGGUCGCUGCCUCCGUUGGGUUCUUCUUCACAUGUUGUUUUAGCUAGCUUCGUUUUAUCCUCCUUGGCUCUUGUCGUGGGUUUGUUCUUUUAGGUGCAGUAGACAUCGGCAUUUGGUCAUCCAAUAAUUUUUUGGGGUCUUUUGAUAUGGGUCCAAUUGGACUAAAAAUUGGACCUAUUUCAAAAGUCAAAAGUCACUAAAACGAGACAUCGGCUUUCUUACUUACCAUAUUGGUCAUCCAAUAUUAUCUUUUUUAUAUUUUUUCUUUCUUGAUAGGGCAGGGUAAAUAGUUAUUUAUUUUAAUCUCUUUUUUAUUUUUGUAUCGGUUUUGUAUAACAGAACCGUGAUGAUUUUUUGGAGUGUGCUAUUAAUAAAGGAAAUCUUGUAGUUGAAAAUAAUGUUAUGCACUAUGUUGGAACUUCGAACGUUAAA